AACUAAGUGAGCUCUCAAAAUCAACAGAACAACAACAUACGACAAUGGCCGCUAAGUUUAUCUGCAGCCUUCACAAUGAGAAACUUAGCCUGUUCUGCCUGGACGAUCAGCAGACGGUGUGUCUGGUGUGUCGGGAUUCAAAAAAACACACCAACCACAAAUUCUUCCCUAUCGAUGAGGCAGUAACAGACUUUAAGGAGGAGUUCAAAACUACAUUGAAGUCUCUACAGGAAAAACUAAAGAUCUUUAAAGACUGUGAACUAAACUGGACUCAGACUUCAGAAUACAUAAAGAUUCAGGCCCAACACACAGAGCGUCAGAUUAGGGAGGAGUUUGAGAAGCUUCACCAGUUUCUACGAGAUGAAGAGGCAUCUAGGAUUGCUGCACUGAGAGAGGAAAAGGAGCAGAAGAGUCAGAUGAUGAAGGAGAAGAUCGAGAAGCUGGGCAGAGACAUAUCAUCUCUUUCAGACACAAUCAGAGCCAUAGAAGAGGAGAUGAGAGCUGAAGACGUCUCGUUCUUACAAAACUACAAGGCCACAGUGAAAAGAGCCCAGUGUACACUGCAGCAUCCAGAGGAGCUUUCAGGAGCACUGAUCCAUGUGGCAAAACAUCUGGCCAACCUGAAAUUCAGAGUCUGGGAGAAGAUGCAGCACACUGUUCAAUACACAUGUUUUACUUUGGAUCCUAACACUGCUCAUCCAAAACUCAUUGUAUCUGCUGAUCUGACCAGUGUGAGACUGGGUUUUGAGAAACAGAAACUUCCUGAUAAUCCAGAGAGAUUUGAUGAAUUUCCAUGCAUUCUGUGCUCUGAGGGUUUUAACUCAGGGACACACUACUGGGAUGUCAAAGUGGGAGAUAGUACAAUGUGGGUCAUAGGUAUAAUGGCAGAAUCUGCUUUGAGGAAGGGUAAGAUACACUCCAGAAGUGGACUCUGGUAUAUGAUAUAUCAUGAAGGCACAUAUAGAGCAUGUUCUACACCAGGGCUGUCUAGUGUCCUCUCAGUAGCACAGAAACCCCAGAGGAUCAGAGUGCAGGUGGACUACGACAGAGGAAAGCUGUCAUUCUCUGAUCCUCUUACGAACACACACAUAUUCACUUUCACACACACAUUUACCGAAAAAUUACUUCCACUUAUAAAUGUUGUUUGUGAAGUGUCUCCACUGAAGAUCGUCUCACUUCAGUGCUCUGUAAAAGUGAAUUAGUUUAGUUAGUAAAAUUAUAAUUUAAUACAUUUUAUUAAUUACUUUUAAUGAAUUUAAGCUUACAACAGGAGAAUGCAACAGUUUUUUGAUACUGUUAAAUAAAUGGCUUGAUGUAGUUAUUGCAAGUAAGAGAUAUUAACUUAAAUAAUAUGUGUUUCUGUACUUACUAUCUGAAUUAAUACAUCUGUUCAUCAUGAAUGGUCUGCCACUGUUUUAAGUAGUUUAGCAUAGAAAUUAAAUAUGAAACUCUGAUAUUAUAUCUCAUAUUCAUCUUUUGAUCAUUGUAAUGUACAUCAAGUAUUGGCCUUGACAGAUAUUUUAUAUUAUUAUAUUGUGUUAAACACAUACAUAAGGAAAUGUUAUCCAGGAUAUCGUAAAUAAAAGCAGAAAAGUGAA